AUGUCAACAUCUAAGCAGUCAUCUAUUUUUGCAACAGAAAUGGGUUUGACAUUAGCACAUCAUAUUCUUCGUGUUAAAGAUUCAAAUGAACUGAUUAAAUUUUAUGUGGAUAAUUUUGGCAUGGAAAACGUUAAAAUCUCUACACCAUAUCUACCAUAUAAUGUUAAUGUUUUGGGGUACAAAAUAAAUUAUGAUGAAAAUUUUAACAAAGCUUCAAAUACACUACCUUCGCCGACAUUACUCGAAUUUCAUCACAAUGAUUCAUCAGCAAAUACUUCAACUCUUGUUAAUAGUGGUGCGUCAAAAGUUUAUUGGAAGAUUGGUAUAACAUUGUAUGAUGUUGAUUAUGCACGACAAAUUUUACAAUCAAAACAAGUGAAUACAACUGAUGCAUCACAGUUUGAAGAUAUUGGCUAUCUAUGCCACUUGAAAGAUCCCAACGGUUUUUGUAUUGAAUUAUUGCAGCAUGAUUUUGACACGACAUUUAAAGCUAAGAUCAGCAAAAGUGGUAAACAGCCACCAUCAGAUAACUUUCCAUUGGGAUAUCCCAGCUGUAUCGGUCAAAUAACGUUAAAUACAAGUGAUAUGGAUAAAACUCAGAGAUUCUAUCAAGAUCUAUUGGGUAUGAAAUUACUAUCGAUACAAGAAGUGUCACGAUUUGAUUUUACAUUAUAUUUUUUUGCCUGGACGAAUGAAGAUCCUCCAAAAUCCGAUAUCAAAGAUGCCAUUGUUAAUCGUGAAUGGUUGUGGAAACGCCCGUAUACAACUAUUGAAAUAAGACAUUUUAAUAGUUCAAGACAAAUACCACCAUUUAGAGAUUUACAACAAAAUGAAAUUGGUUUUGAAGGUAUAAGAAUUAUGUGUAAUGAUCUGAACACAUUCCUAGCCAAGAUGAAAGCAGAAAAUAUAAGUUUUAAAGAAUCCAACGGAAUAUAUGGCAGAGAAAUUGUGAUUCGUGAUCCAGACAAUGUACCAAUCUAUGUUUCUCAGAACAAAAGCGAAGAAUAG